AUGUCCGCAGCUCUAUCCCUCUUCCUCUCCGGCCUUCUGUUGGCACCCUCAGUCAACGCCCAGGCGUAUGACACUGGCAGCCGAUCUGAAGAUGCCUUCAGCUGGGUUCAGCCAUUAAACACAACCAUCCUCGGUCCUUACGGAGACUCUGAGCCAGUAUAUCCUUCUCCCAACACCACUGGUACCGGUUGGGAGGAUGCCCUCGCCAAGGCAAGGGCUUUCGUUUCUCAACUGACAGUCGAGGAGAAGGCCGACAUGGUCACCGGUCAACCCGGUCCUUGCGUCGGAAACAUCGUCGCCAUCCCUCGUCUUGGUUUCCAGGGUCUCUGCCUCCAGGAUGGUCCCCUGUCCAUCCGUGUCGCCGACUACGCCAGUGUCUUCUCCGCCGGUGUCUCUGCUGCAGCCACCUGGGACAGAGAUAUCCUCUACGAGCGAGGUCUUGCCAUGGGCAAGGAGUUCAAGGCCAAGGGUGCCCACGUUGCCCUCAGCCCUGUCGCUGGCCCCCUCGGCCGCAGUGCCUAUUCCGGCAGAAACUGGGAGGGCUUCAGUCCCGAUCCGUAUCUGACUGGUGUCGCUAUGGAGGAGACCAUCACCGGUCACCAGGAUGCCGGUGUCCAGGCUACUGCUAAGCACUGGAUCUUCAACGAGCAGGAAACUAUGCGCAACCCGACCUUUGAUCCCAACGGCACUUCCACGGACAUCGCUCAGCAGGCUAUCUCCUCAAACGUCGACGACAGAACCGCUCACGAGCUCUACAUCUGGCCCUUUGCUAACGCUGUCAAGGCUAAGGCUGCUUCCUUCAUGUGCUCCUACCAGCGUAUCAACGGUUCAUACGGUUGCCAGAACUCCAAGUCUCUGAACGGUCUUUUGAAGACGGAGCUCGGAUUUGACGGUUAUGUUAUGUCCGACUGGGGAGCGACCCACACCGGUGUUGCUGCCAUUGAGGCCGGUCUUGAUAUGGACAUGCCAGGUGGACUUGGCACAUACGGCAUGGAUUGGCCUUCUGGAUCUUUCUUCGGCGGCAACGUCACCACCGCAGUCAACAACGGCACCCUCAACGUCGCCCGUGUCGAUGAUAUGAUCGUCCGCAUCAUGACCCCUUACUACUGGCUCAACCAGGACAAGGACUACCCCACCGUCGACCCCUCCACCGGCGACCUCAACACCUUCUCUCCUAGGUCCACCUGGGUCCGCCAGUUCAACUUGACCGGCGAGAGCAGCCGCGAUGUUCGCGAGAACCACGGCGAGCUGAUCCGCAAGCACGGCGCCGCCGCCACCGUCCUCCUCAAGAACGAGAACAAGGCCCUUCCUCUUAAGGCCCCCAAGUCCAUCGCCGUCUUCGGAAACGAUGCCGGCGAGGAUACCCAGGGCUUCUAUAACCAAGACGACUUUGAGUACGGAAAUCUUGUUGUUGGUGGUGGCUCCGGCACUGGCCGCCUCACCUACCUUGUCACUCCCUUGGAGGCUAUCAAGGCUCGUGCCUCCAAGAAUGGUGCUCUCGUCCAGCAGUGGCUUAACAACACCCUCAUCAUCGAGUCCAACAUCACCGAUCUCUGGGUCGCCAAGGCCCCUGAGGUCUGCCUCGUCUUCCUGAAGACCUGGGCCGAGGAGGCCGCCGACCGCCAGCACCUCAGCGUCGACUGGAACGGCGACGACGUCGUCGAGAACGUCGCCAGGCACUGCAACAACACCAUCGUUGUCACCCACUCCUCCGGCAUCAACGACCUUCCCUGGGCUGACCACCCCAACGUCACGGCCAUCCUCGCCGCCCACUUCCCCGGCCAGGAGUCCGGCAACUCCCUCGUCGAUGUCCUCUACGGCGACGUCAACCCCUCCGCCCGACUCCCCUACACCAUCGCCCUGAACGGCACCGACUACAACGCCCCGCCCACGACCGCCAUCAACACCACCGGCUGGUACGACUGGCAGAGCUGGUUCGACGAGAAGCUCGAGGUCGACUACCGCUACUUCGACGCUCACAACAUCCCGGUCCGCUACGAGUUCGGCUUCGGUCUCAGCUACACCACCUUUGCGCUCGCCGACUUCGAGGCCAGCCCCGUCGACGACAACAUCACCGCCGCCCCCGAGCAGCGCCCCAUCGAGCCCGGCGGAAACCCCGCCCUCUGGGAGACCAUCUACAACGCCACCGUCUCCAUCACCAACACCGGCGACGUCGAGGGUGCCGCCGUUCCCCAGCUCUACGUCAGCUUCCCCGAGUCCACCCCCGUUGGCACCCCUCUCAAGCAGCUCCGCGGUUUCGAAAAGGUGCCCCUGGCCGUCGGCGAGACCAAGAAGAUUGGCUUUGAGCUGAUGCGUCGCGACCUCAGCUACUGGGACGUUGUCUCACAGGAGUGGCGCAUCCCCGAGGGCGAGUUCACCCUCAGCCUCGGUUGGAGCAGCAGAAACUUGAAGUCGUCCACCAAGAUCACUCCGGUGAAGGCGUAA